UUUUGCUAUCUUGCUCCUUCAAUUUCCAAGUCAAAUGCUCUAAACCAAACUAAAAUCCCAAACCCCACGGCUCCUCCAUUCUUACCUUUCUGUUCUUAUGUAUAAAAUGAUCAUCUUUCUUCUUCCUCUGUUAGCGCCAACACUGUCUUCUCCUUUAUCCUUUGCUUUGCUUUUGAGCAACUAUUCAAAUCAUUAAACCCAUUUUAUUUCUAUAUCAAAAGUAACAGUUCUAAUCACUCAUGACACUUACUUCACCUACCCAUUCAUGACAACUCUGAGCAUACCUCCCCAGCUCUAUUAUGGGCUGCUCCUCAAACUAUUCCUUUUUCUCGUUACGUCGCCAUUUACGGCUGCCCAGCGGGGAACUUCACCGUCAUCGCCAUCCCAGCCGAUUGACCCGUUUCCUCAGACGCCCCAAUUCAACCCCUCACUCGCAAUCCUCAUGGUAAUUGUCGUGAGCGCCUUUUUCUUCAUGGGGUUUUUCUCUGUUUACAUUCGUCAGUGCUCCGAGCGCAGAUUAAGAGGUCGCUUGAACCCCGCUGCCACCCAAAUCUUUGGUGGAGGCCGGUGGUCUCGGAGGGGCCAGCAGGGGCUUGACGCUGCAGUAAUCGAGACAUUCCCUACCUUCCUUUACUCCACAGUCAAAGGCCACAAAAUUGGCAAGGGUUCACUGGAGUGUGCCGUAUGUUUAAACGAGUUUGAAGAUGAUCAAACGCUGCGUUUAAUCCCCAAGUGCAGCCACGUUUUCCACCCUGAUUGCAUCGACGCCUGGCUCGCCUCGCACACCACUUGCCCUGUUUGCCGCGCCAAUUUGGUUCCAAGGCCAGGGGAAUCGUCCUUCGAUUCGAUUCAACUCCUUGAAACCGACAGCAACUGGGUUGAACCAGACCGGCGUUCCAAUAACACCAGCGAUGAGACACAAAACGACGUUUUAAUUCAGGUUUCAGAUGAUAGUGAUCAAAACAGAGCACAAUCUCAGGAAGUGAUAUUAUUAAACACAGCUACUCAGAACCGGCCACCUCGAUCAUGGUCAACGGGUUGGCGGCUUGGUAAGUGGUUUCCCAGGUCACACUCGACGGGACAUUCGCUGGUUCAACCUGGAGAAAAUUUGGAGCGGUUUACUCUAAGGUUGCCAGAUGAGGUACGCAGCCAAUUAAUGAACAACCGCUUGAACAGGACAAAGAGUUGCGUGGCAUUCCCUAGAGCGACGAGUUCAAGGAGAGGAUAUAGGAGCAGGAGCGUAGGUAGUUGGAGCAGUAGAAACUACUUCUACUACGAGAGGUUCGACAGGGAAGGGCGGCCGGACGGGGACCGGGGGGGAUUGACCGUGACUCCUCUUUUUUCAGGAAGCGGUUCGGUUCCAUCGUCAAAGCAUGGGGUGGGAGGCAGUGAUGAGGUGAAUGCCACUCCAUCAAAGAGUUUGUUGAAGUCUGUUAAAUCUCCAUUCGAUCAUUUCUUUGAAAAUAGCAGAAAUAAAAACGUUGGUGAACGGUCGUCGGAUCGGCCAAGGGAUGAUGAUGUAUCCUCAGAUAGUCAAGUUUAGAGGCUAGCUCCUCAUUGGCUGAGAUUUGACCAAAUAGGAAUUUAGUUUUUUUUUUUUGAAUUUUUUAGAUUUUAUUAUGGAAAGAAAUUCAAAAUAAUAUUUUGAGGGCCUGCAUGUGUAAAUUUUACUUGGCCAAAUCGAUGUCUAAUUCCUUGACCUUGUUGAAGUCGGAAGAAGGCACUAGCUGCGCAGGCUCCGGCGACGAUGACUUGUUUUUUAUUCAUUUAUUUCCCUUACAAGAACACGAUUAAAAAAAAAAUUAUUAUUGUGGAA